AUGCUGCCCUCGUCCUGGUUGCUGUCAGUGCCAGUGCUGCUGUCGCUGGUCGUCGGUCCCGCACGGCCAGCACUGCUCAGCAUUGCUUCCACCGUGCACCAGGAGCAGUUGUUGGCGCGCGUCGUUGCGGAAAUACUGCGCAGCUACUUCCACCACCCGUUCCAGCCGGUUUACCUGUACGCGGACCUUUCGGAUACGGAUGGGCGCCGCUCGGCGGAUCUGCUCGACCAGGUACUGCAGCGGAUCGGCCGAUCGGGGCUCGUGCUGGCCUGGGAUCUGCCAUCCCGUCCCGGUGUUCCGCGGUUGUUCAAUCUCGCGCUGCUCGAUAGUCUGCCGAUAGUGGGACCGUUGUGCCGGGUGCUGGACGAGCGGAAUGAUCCAUCGGGAAGGUACGUGAUCGCACUGACCGAACGGUACGCAACGCAACACCAACUCGACAAGCUGCUCGACCGGUUGUUUGGUGAACUGUUUGAACGGCGCAUCGUGAACGUGAAUGUGGUGGUACGCGAACGGACGCCGUCGGUGGCAGUGUACACGUACUACCCGUUCGCACCGGGCCAGUGCCGGCAACCGCGGACCCAGCUCGUCGCUCGCUACGGCGGCGGCGAGCGUACCUGGUGGCCACCGGGCACGAUGCGUACGCUCGAUCUGUACCCGGGCUCCCGGCUAGCGGAUCUACACAACUGCCCACUCCGGGUCGGUACGUUCGAGGCGAAACCGUACACGAUCGUGCACCGCAAAGUGGACGGUUACGAGGAGCUCGGUGGCUUCGAGGGUGAUUUGUUGCGCUUGGUCUCGGAGCGGUUGCGGUUUCGCACCAACCUCACCGUAUCCCGGCAGUGGGGUACGAUCGGACCGCAGGGUAACAGCACCGGGUUGAUGCGGUUGGUGCAGGACGAACAGGUGGAUCUGGCGAUCGCUUGCCUGGCCAUCGAUCCGUCCCGCAACGCGUACCUGCGCCCCGGCACCACGCACUACACGUCCACGGUCCGGAUGGCGGUACCGCAGGGACGUCCGUACACUCCGUUCGAGAAGCUGUUCCGCCCGUUCCGUACCGAUUGCUGGAUCGCCGUCAGUUGCUGCCUAGCGGUGCUGGUGUGUCUGGUGGCCGGCCUCGGUACCGGUGGCCACUCGGUGGCCCGUGAUUUUGUGUACGGCCCCGGCGUCCGGAUGCCGUUGCUCCGUGCGCUCUACCUCAUGUUCGGUGGCUCCGUUCAACCCUGCCCGCGCCGUAACUUUGCCCGGACCCUCUUUCUGCUGUGGCUCGCCAAAACGCUGGUACUGCGCACGGUUUACCAGGCCUCACUGUACCGGUACCUGCAGCGGAGCGCCUACCAGCCACCGCUCGCCACACUGGACGAGGUGUACCGGUCGUCGCUCGAGCUGCACAUGGUGCACCUCGCCCUGCGGUUCUUUGUCGAUCGGCCGGAGGUGCGGGCCCGGGCCCACCUCAUCCCGGCCGGGCUCGAUACGCUCGGGAUGAUGGUGGGCGGUAUGGCCGACCGGGCGUACCAUGACCGGGCCGUCGUCUGCCCGUUCGAUAUGGUCGCGUACGCGAACCGGCUCAACAGGCGGGCGCACCGGCGCCAGAUGGUGCACGUGACGCGCGAUCCGAUCACCCUCUUCCCGCUCACCAUCUACUACCCCCGGCGGUCGAUGUUGACGGAUGCGUUCGAUCGCGAGAUUCGUAAGAUUGCCCCCGCCGGGCUGAUGCAGUACUGGGUGCGGAACUACGGGGAUUACGAGCUGUAUGGGGGGGUCGGGGAUGAUGGUGCACCGUCGGCAACCGGGCGACCGCAGCAGCUCACCAACGGGCAUCUGGCCGGUGCGUACCAGGUGCUGGGUGUGGCGCACGGGUGCGCCGUGGUGCUGCUGCUGCUGGAGCUAGUGUCCCGGCGGGUGCGCUGGUUGGGGCAGCUCUUUGAUUCGUUCGAGUGA